CCUGAGAAGAAGGGUUGACUCCAAAGAAAUGAUGCGCUCUGUGGCUGCUUAAAUCUCAACUUCUAUGGAUAUACAACUUUCUCCGAAUAAGAAAAUCAAUGGAAGCCUUAACCCAUCUUUUUGUCUUCUACUCUUUCUUAUUCUCCCUCUUAAGAACCUCCAUUUCUCUGGACACUAUUACUCCAAGUCAGUCAAUCAGAGACGGUGGCAGUGCUUUAGUUUCAGCUGGCGGACAAUUUCAAUUGGGAUUCUUCAGCCCAGGUAAUCCCGAUAGUCGCUAUGUGGGAAUUUGGUACACAGUAUCUACGGACAUAGUUGUAUGGGUAGCCAAUAGAGAAGCUCCGCUUAGCGAUCACUCGGGAGUUUUAAAGCUCGCUGAUGAUGGAGUUCUUGUGCUUCUUAAUAGCACCAACGGUACUGUUUGGUCAUCUAGAUCUACUACAUCAACAACCCCACAAAAUCCAGUUGCACAGCUGUUAGACACCGGGAAUCUUGCUGUGAAAGAUGGGAAUGAUGAUAAACCAGAGAAGUUUUUGUGGCAGAGUUUUGAUUAUCCUUGUGACACGCUCUUACCAGAAAUGAAGCUUGGAUGGAACUUUGUAACUGGUCUAGAGAGGUUUUUAUCAUCUUGGAAGAGCACGGAUGAUCCUGCUCAAGGUGAGUUUUCAGUACGGAUAGAUCUUCAAGGAUAUCCACAACUUGUUGUUAAGGAGGGAUCUAAAAUAAAGGCUAGAGCAGGAUCAUGGAAUGGCAUCAAUCCUGCAGGUCGUCGGUUAAGAUCGGAUCCACUAUUGAAGUAUGAAUUUGUGUUUAAUGAUCAGGAGGCCUAUUGCGAGUACAAAAUCCUUAACACUUCUGUUUUCUAUAACGUUGUGUUAAACCCAUCAGGCCUUGUGCAGCGAUUCGGAUGGAUGGGUCGGAGACAGAGUUGGGAUCUUUUCGCUACAUUCCCGGCAGAUCGGUGCGAAAGUUAUACCUUAUGUGGCGCAGAUGCUACCUGCGAUUUCAAUAAGUCUCCUAUAUGUGCAUGCUUGGAAGGAUUCUUUCCCAAGUCUCCAAAAGAUUGGGAUUCAGUGGAUUGGUCAGAUGGGUGUGUUCGAAGGACUCCUUUGGAAUGCAAUGACGGAGAUGGAUUCCUGAAGCGUACGGGGUUGAAAUUGCCGGACACAUCUUCUAGCUGGUAUAACAAGAGCAUGAGCCUAAAGGAAUGCGAAGGAAUGUGUUUGAAGAACUGCUCCUGCACAGCAUAUGCAAAUUUAGAUGUCAGGGGAGGAGGAAGCGGCUGCCUGCUUUGGUUUGAUAGCCUUGUUGACAUAAGAGAAUUAGGUGAGCCUGGGCAAGACCUCUAUAUAAGGAUGGCCGCUACUGAACUCGCCGAUUAUCUUGAGAAAAAGAGGCGCUCUGGCAAGAAGAAACUAGUGGCAAUUAUAGUCGGCUCAACAUUAUUAGUCGUGGGAAUGACAAUAGUUGCGCUGGUCUCAUAUAUAUGGAAAAAGAAACUCAGAAACCAAGGAACAACAAAAAGAAGUCGGAGGAAGGAUUAUGACAAUGAAGGUGGGAAGGAAGAUAUGGAGUUACCGAUAUUUGAUUUGGUAGUCAUCGCUAAUGCAACAGAUAAUUUUUCAAAUAACAACAAGCUCGGAGAAGGUGGAUUUGGACCUGUGUACAAGGGUAUACUACCAGGGAUCGGAGAUAUAGCUGUGAAGAGGCUUUCAAAGAAUUCUAGACAAGGGCUGAACGAGUUCAAAAAUGAAGUUAUUUUGAUUGCCAAACUUCAACAUCGUAAUCUUGUGAAGCUUCUUGGUUGUUGCAUUCAAGAAAAUGAAAAUAUGUUAAUCUAUGAAUACAUGCCCAACAAAAGCUUGGACUCCUUUAUUUUCGAUCAAGCAAAUAGUAAAGUACUAGAUUGGCAUAAACGUAUCAACAUUAUCCGUGGUAUUGCUAAAGGGCUUCUCUAUCUUCAUGAAGACUCUAGACUGAGAAUUAUCCACAGAGAUCUAAAAGCUAGUAAUAUCCUUUUAGAUAACAACAUGAAUCCAAAAAUUUCGGACUUUGGCUUGGCGAAAUCAUUUGGGGGAGAUCAAGUUGACUCUAAGACCAAUAGAAUUAUUGGAACAUAUGGUUAUAUGUCUCCAGAGUAUAUGGUGCAUGGACGGUACUCGGUAAAAUCUGAUGUGUUUAGUUUUGGAGUUUUAGUAUUAGAGAUAUUGAGUGGAAAGAAGAAUAGAGGAUUUCAUCACCCAGACCACCACCAUAAUCUUAUUGGACAUGCAUGGAAACUAUGGAUUGAAGACAAACCAAUGGAACUUAUCGAUGAAUUCGUAGAUAACUUGUGCGCUCUAUCAAGUGUAUUACGACACAUUCAUGUGGGUUUGUUAUGUGUGCAGCAAAGACCAGAAGAUAGACCAAACAUGUCGUCUGUUGUUCAAAUGUUGAGUAGUGAAAAUUUAUUGCCUAAGCCGAAACAACCAGGUUUCCUUUCAGAUUCACCAGAAGCAGAUUCUUCAUCUAGCAAGCAUGAAACUUGUUCAGCCAACACAAUCACCAAUACAGUGUUUGAAGCACGAUAAAGUAUGUCACUUGAGAGCAAAAGCUGAGUUUUUAUUUAUAGGAAUUUAUGUAAUCUUGAUUUCAGCAUAUUUAGCUAAACAAAAAAGGUCUGGAAGCUACUACUCUUUAGGACAGAAGGGUCGGAAAGAUAAAGAGCUUUGGCUUAGUGCAAGGCCGACCCUACUAUAUUCAUGCUAUUUAUUCAUUUAGUGAAUUAGUCUUUACCCAUAGGACUAGUAUCAUGUGUUUCAGAGUGUGUUCUUUUUUGAAUAAUUUUAGAAUCAAUUCCUUUUACAAUGCAUACUAUAAAUUUAUAUCUAA